ACAUCAGUCGUCCCGAUCCGGUACAAGUGCGACAGCACUGCACCCAGUCCUACCACCAACCCUCGGGUUCGGGUUGCGAACUGAACCGCUAGGUGGUUUGGACCGUGACAUCGUGGGGCUGUUCCUCCCAGCGUGCACAGACCAGGCACAAAGCAGAAAGCAGCUCGAAAAAAGUCUUGGCUUCCAAGCCGCUGCCAGUCGCUUGCCAGCUGCCCGCCUUUCUAGGACAUCAUCCCACGAUCGAACAGCCCUCCCGAGACUCAGCAUCUUUGCGCCUCGACAAUCAACACCAUCAAAAUGUCUACUGCUGAGCUGGCUACCUCCUACGCGGCGCUCAUCCUCGCCGAUGACGGCGUUGAGAUCACUGCCGACAAGAUCCAGACCAUCAUCAAGGCUGCCAAGAUCGAGGAUGUCGAGCCUAUCUGGGCUUCCCUCUUCGCCAAGGCUCUUGAGGGCAAGGAUGUGAAGGACCUCCUUUCCAACGUCGGCUCCGGUGGUGCCGCCGCUGCCCCCGCUGCCGCUGGCGCCGCUGCCGCUGGUGGUGCCGCCGAGGAGGCCAAGGCUGAGGAGAAGGUUGAGGAGAAGGAGGAGUCCGACGAGGAUAUGGGCUUCGGUCUCUUCGACUAAGCGAAGAAAGGGGGCUUUCUUCUGGUUUGGUCAUGACCUCUCGUUUCCAAUUUGUUCUUCCAAAGCUUGCAUGGGUCUGCGACGGUUUCUCGCACAUACGACUUCGGUUAUGGGAGGCUUAUGAUAUCAGGGGUUCGGUUCAUCGGCGUAGCUUUACACGGACAAUGAAGAUGCGCUUUUGAGCAAAAGAAGUAAAAACACUUGGAAGCUUGCUCUCCA